UUUUUGGUGACGGAAUAAAAUGCGCAGAGAUUAACUUGGUAAAAUCAACGCAGCCAACGCCAGUAAAAGAUAAAUCUGAUGUCAUAUCUAAAACUGUUAUCAUUGUCAUGGCCAUUUUAUCGUCUUUAUUUUUUAUCUUUGCCAUUAUUUUCUUUGCGCAAAGAUUGAAAAAACAGUUCGACAGAGAAAGAUCUACGGAGAACAAUGAGGUGAAAGAAGAUGACAGAUCGUUAACGUUCUUACCAUCUUUUGAAGAACAUAGCAAUAUCAAUGAAGUUACAGAAGAAGAGGAGUUGCGCACAAUGUCCUAUAUUUGCGUUCUGGAUGAUUGGGAAAUAAAUAGAAAACAACUUACAAUUACGGACAGCACACUAGGUAGAGGAUGCUUUGGUGUGGUGAAGAAAGGGAUAUAUCAUGACAAGGACCAAGAUAUAUACAUAGCUGUUAAGAUGCUUAAAGACUCCGUUUCUAUUGCUGAUCGCAACGAUCUGUUAAUGGAACUUCGCAUAUUAAAAGAUAUAAACAAAACUCCUCAUCGAAAUGUAAUCAAACUUAUCGGUGCUGUAACAAAUGAAGAGCCCGUUUUUGUCGUCACUGAGCUUUGUGCUCGAGGAAAUCUUCGAAAGUUAUUACAAAACAGCCGAAUAUUGUCAUCCGAAACCGACAAAAAUAGCUUUCAUGAGUAUAAAAAUAUUUUUUCAACGUUAUCGCACACCAAACUGAUUCAGAUUGCUGUUGAUAUCGCAAAUGGGAUGCAUCAUCUUGAAAAGCAUAAGUUUGUCCAUAGAGAUCUUUCAGCUAGGAACAUUCUUAUCGGGGAGAAUUUUGAAGCUAAAGUAUCAGAUUUCGGUUUGGCAAGACCGAUUGCGGGAGUUGAUGAAAUGUACAUCAAGUCACACAGAAAUCUACUGCCUGUAAAGUGGAUGGCGUUAGAGUCACUCACGCAAGGAAUUUUCGUACAUCAAGUGAUGUAUGGUCAUUUGGAGUUGUGUUGUGGGAAAUAUCGACACUUGGAGAGGAACCUUACCCUGGAAUUUCAGCGUUUGACACGUUUACUUACGUUACAUCGGGAAAAAGAAUGGAAAAACCACCACAAUGCUCUGCCACACUAUACGAACUGAUGAUAAAAUGCUGGGAGAAAAAUCACCAAGAAAGACCAACAUUUGAAGAAAUUUAUCAGAAAAUGGCGUCAAUGUUCCUUGAUGCAGAUAGUGUGUAUAUAAACGUGAUUGAACUUCUCCCGGGAGCAAAUGAUUUCUUAGCUGACAACAGAAGAAAAAUCAGCGUUGAAAGUAUGGGCAUUCAACGGUACACUUGAUGUUCUUAGCACACCAGGAUCCUAUUUUAGUAGUAAUUGCUGUUAUAAAUUUUAUAUACGAUGAACUCAUAUAUUAUUGUGGUAUUUUUUCGUAAAUCAAUAUUAAAAUUACAUAUAUGUACAACUAGCUGAGUCACUUUAAUGCGAAUAAAAUUUUAUCGUCCA